UGUACAUGUUUUCCAACACUAGUCACAUAUUUAUUGGCUGCACUGACAGUCCACGAGCAAAACAAAAAUUCGGAAAAUGUUUCAACCUUCGCGGCAGCAAGUUCUGCGUUUAUACAAGCAUUUAAUUCGUUACGGAAACCAUCUAAAGCUUACAGACAAGAAUUAUUUCCUGGGCAGAGUGCGAUACGAGUUCCGAGACAGUCGGGGCCUGACAAACCCGGCGGAGAUUGAGUUUAAUUAUAAGCGUGGAGAGACUUUGUUGAAAAAGGGUCGCAUUCUGUAGGAAUGCUUCGAAAUCUGGUGCGUCUUCUGGUGCUUCCACCACCUGGUCUUCGAUGCAAAUCCACUGCCCACCUUGACUACUCCCGGUAUCCAACCCUCCAAGAGUCGGACAUCGAAGAGACCUUCACACGGGGUAGUGGUCCCGGAGGCCAGGCGGUCAACAAGACGUCUAACUGUGUGUUUCUCCGCCACCUGCCCACCAACAUAACCAUCAAGUGUCACACCCAUAGACUGGCAUCUAAAAACCGUGUAGAGGCACGAAAACUACUCCUCGAGAAACUCGAUGCCCAUUUGAAUGGAGAGAACUCUAUAGCGGCACAAAUCAAGGUCCAGGAGCAGAGGAAAUCCACAGAGCGGCGACGUCGGCAAAACAAGCUGCAGGAAUUAAAAAAGAACUGGCAGGAGAGAGAACGCACCGAUGGGGAUUAAUCCCUGAGUAAUAGACAAUAAACAUAUGUUUUUAAAAAAGAUUA